UUGACACAAAGAUGUUCAGCUCACUUGAUCACACGAAAAAGAAUCACAUUUGAAAGAAAAAGAGAGGAUGCAGCCAUUAAAAUUCAGUCUCUUGUCAGGGGUCAUCUCUGUCGGAUCAAACUACAGACACAGAUUCGACAGGAGUUGGAUCUACUCCUACAAAUACCCCAAGCUGAAGAUAUGGAAUAUAAUCCAAAACAGAGGCCAGUCAUAGAAAUCUACAAAACACUGAAGAAAUUUUUGUUUGUGUUCAAUAUUAAAGAAGAUAAAAAGAGAUAUGAACAUGUAUGUCGAUAUCUUCUGCUCAGUAUGGAGCCUGACAAUAUCAAGACAUCUUAUGUUUCUAUGGCACUGCAGAAACAGCAUGUGCUUGAUUGGAUCCAGCAACUCAAGAACAUUUUAUGGAACUGUUGUAUUUGUCUGAAACAUCUCAAGCCUGAAAAUCACAGUGAGAACACAGCCAUGACAGUACACCUUCGAAUGUUGAUAACUUUUACGAGCAUAGGAAAUUGGGCAAUUCUUAAAGGCAAGGCAGGUGAUGCAUUGAAACCAGGGUUGACCCAGCUGUGCAACAAUGUUAUGGGAUAUCUCAACACAAAAGGUCUCUACAGCGUACUGCAGGUCCUUCUCACACGAGGCCUUGCCCGUUCUAAGCCAGUUUUUAGCAGCACAGCUCUUACAGCUAUUGUAACUAUUGCACUCAGACCAUUGUUGGCAGCCAACUUUUCUGACAACCUCAUGACAAUGUUUUUAUUGCAUAUUCUAUCUGUGCCUGCUGUGGUUUAUCAUAUCACUAUUCACACUCAGGAGUGUAUGAACACAUUGAUUACUCAUCGUAUUUUCAAACGGUGCCUCGAUCUUUUGACCAAUGAACAAAGUACCCGCAUUGUCUUCAAUUCCCUUGAGGGAAACUAUGCUCUGUGCCUUUUAGCAAAUUUGGUACACCUUGGAUAUUCUGAAGUAGAGGGUUUGGUAGAAAAUACCUUAAACUUUAUGGAUGUGAUGAUUCACUUGCUUAAGAGCUGCAAAAAAUAUGUGCAAAGUAAGAAAUCUAAUCUGACUUUGUGGCACCCUGUGUUAGGAUGGUUUUCACAGAGUACUGACCAGAGUCUUCAUGAAGCGAUGCCAUUUGUGGUGAAACAAUUGCAACUUCUUUGGAGCAGCAAGAUGAUCAAGCUGCUCUUUACAGAAUUGCUUGAAUAUGUUGAUGCUAACAAACAACAAGCCAACAAGAUCAGUGCCUCCUCACCGAACAAAGGCCUUCUGAAGAAAGCUUUGGAAAAAGCUUCCUCAAAGAAUACUGGUGGGAAAAUAAAACUGGGGAGUCAUGUUGCACGGGCAACAUGUUUACCAUGUGCUCUGUACCAAAGGGCCAUUGAUACUCUGAGUCAGUUGCGUCUGGAUAUCUUGGGAGGCCUGAGUUACAAUGAGGUUCUCCUGCCAAUUUUAUGGAAAUUUUUAUGUGAUCUUGGUCCAAACUGUGGCCUUAAAGUGUUUUUAGAACUGUUGACACAAACUCCAAACAGUACAGAGCAUCCUGUGUUCAGUCUGCUCUCUUUGUUUUGCGAAUCAGCAGGGCAUCUUAUCAUCACACUAGAUGACAUGGAGAUGUAUGAACAGCAGUUUAUGUUCUCCUUGGAGGACUACAUCAAGAUGGGAGACUUCCUCAAUCAUUUUGUCUUCAAGGUUAUUUGGAACCACUUAAUGGACAUUCAAGUAGCUGCAUCCAGUGAUGUUUUUGGAUCUGCCAGAAAUUUGCUCAUGAUUCUCUAUGAACGAGACAGUCGCAGAACUUUCACACCUAAGGACCACUGGUUAAUACGGGAUGUGAAACCAUCUACAGUAAUAUCAGAACUGGAGGCUGGACGAAAAAGUGCUCAAUUUCUGAUGCAAAAGGUGCCCCAUAUUAUUCCAUUCAGCGAAAGAGUUAUCUUGUUCCGAAAAUAUGUGAUGAAGGAAAAAGACUUGCUUGGACUGACUGAGUCUGCUUGUGCAUCCCCUCAGUCCACAUUGGUCACCAUUCACCGUUCCCGGAUUGUAGAGGAUGGCUACAGACAAUUAGCACAAUUGCCAGCACGCAACUUGAAAGGUGUCAUUAGAGUCAAAUUCAUUAAUGAACAGGGUUUGGAUGAAGCUGGCAUUGACCAAGAUGGAGUAUUUAAAGAAUUUUUAGAAGAAACCAUAGCCAGAGUAUUUGAUCCUUCUCUCAGUUUGUUUAAGGCUACUAGUGAACAGAAAUUGUAUCCAUCAUCAACAUCUUACAUUCAAGAAGAACAUUUGGCCUUGUUUGAGUUUGUAGGCCGCAUGCUGGCAAAGGCUGUAUAUGAGGGAAUUGUUGUGGAUGUUCCAUUUGCUCCUUUCUUUUUAACUCAAAUUCUUGGCCAUCAACAGAGUUCAACUUACAGCUCUCUUGAUGAACUCCCUUCACUGGACCCAGAACUUGCCAAAAGUCUUUCCUAUUUAAAGCACUAUGAAGGAGAUGUUAGUGAGCUUGACCUGACGUUUUCUUGUGAUGAGGAUUGCAUGGGUCGAUUGGAAACACAUGAAUUGGUUCCUGGUGGGAAAGUCAUUGGAGUGACCAAUGAAAACAAGAUCCGUUAUGUCCACUUGAUGGCACAUUUCCGGAUGUAUUGCCAAAUCAAAGACCAGACAGCUGCAUUUAUUCAUGGAUUCAGAUCUGUGGUCAAUCAUGAAUGGUUGAAUAUGUUUUCUGCCCCUGAACUCCAGAAACUCAUUUCUGGGGACAAUAGGGACAUUGAUAUUGAUGACUUGCGUCGCCACACUCAAUAUUAUGGAGGCUAUCAUAACAACCAUCGUGUUAUCAACUGGCUCUGGGACAUUGUUGAGCAUGAUUUUGAUGUCCAUGAACGAAGUCUAUUUUUAAAGUUUGUUACAAGUUGUUCCAAGCCCCCUCUAUUAGGUUUCUCCAACCUGGAGCCUCCAUUUUCAAUUCGCUGCGUUGAAGUCAGUGAUGAUCAGGAUACUGGUGACACAGUGGGCAGUGUCCUGAAAGGCUUCUUUAACAUCCGGAAGAAAGAUCCGAUUGGUCGGCUGCCAACCUCUUCCACUUGCUUCAAUCUCCUUAAAUUACCCAAUUACCAAAAGAAGAGUACAUUAAGAGAAAAACUCAAGUAUGCCAUUCAUUCCAACACUGGAUUUGAAUUGUCCUAA